GAAUUGUCUCAGUUUUUGUACGUUUUCGUUAUAAAAAAUUUAAUUAAAACGCAAACAUUCUUUACAAAAAUUUUCACAUUGAAUUUUUGCACUCUCCAUUGUUAUUUUCCUUUUAAUCAACGGUGUUUUUCAACACGACAAGAAAGCGUUUUUCUUAUGACGCUUUCUUGUCUUGUCGCUUUGAGGUCGGUGUGGGUAAGCCUUUAGGGCUAGACACUUAAGAAUUUUAACGCGAGAUUUUUUCGAUAUUGUGAGGUUCACAGAUUUAACCCGCGACUCAUUUUUAUACCUAGACGUUUCAUGCGAGACGUUUUUCGAUUUACAUAAUAGUAAAAGAAUAAGAAAUAUCGAAAAGAUGAAAAAACAAAUUGGCCUUGUCAGUCGCGGGUAAAAUCAGUGCGACUCACAAUAUCGAAAAAAGUCUCGCGUUAAGUAUUUAGUGUAAAAGAGAAUAUAUAAUGUUAGGUCUGUUUAAGUACUAAACAAACAACAAAUUUCAGCCCACAGUAAAAGCAGAAUAUCUACUCAAACAGAAAAUCUACCUCCAAAAGACAGCGGGUAAUAAUAAAUAUCCUGAGAAAAAUUGUUUCAUGUGUAGACGGGGUGUAAUGCAAAAAAACCGCGUUUUAUUUGAUCACAUUGAAAGCGUUGCUUUGCGUUGCAUUUAUGUUCGCUAUAUCAGUGUUACCUCUGUUAAGAAAAAAGUGUUAAAAUCAAACAGAAACUUAACAUUCGUGGAAAUAAUGAAUUAUUGAAUCCAAGUAAUUGUUUAAGUGACAAAAUGUUGCUAAGUAAACGGUAUUUAAAAAAAAAAAAAACAAUUCAUUUCGAUAAAACAUGUUCGUAAGUAUAAUGUUUGUUCGAAGUCCACUUUAAAUUAUAGAUAUAACUUCAUUGGCCACUUUUUGCAAAAAGUGCAAAAGUAAAAAUAUUUUUCUCUUACUAGCUCCACCCACCGUUUUUUCGCGUGCAAAAAGUGCAUAAAUUGCUUUAAAACUUAAAAUGAAAGGUUUUCAACACAUUUUUUAAGUUUUAAUAAGUUUCAUUAAAAUAAAUAUACAUAUAUUAAUUCCAAAGGUAUAUUUUAAGAAAAGUUUCAUUACAUUUUAAAAAUUUCUACACGGCAACACUUUUUUUCAAACUCAUCGGUCAUCGCAUCAAUUCUAUCGCACAUGCGCAGUAAGUGUGUGUGUCGAACGAAAACGGUAAAAUUGUUGCGUUGAGUUUUCAGUCUGGCUGGUUCUUGGAUAAAGUAAGGAAGCAAAAGCAAGUUAGUUCGUGUUGGAUACAUUUUGAUAUAAAGGUGCCAAAGAUCAAUUUUAAAUCGAAGUCCACAUUAAAUUAAAUAUAUAUUAAUUCCAAAGGCUGGCUCUGGGAUAAAUUAAGGAAGCAAAAGCAAAUAACUUUGUAUUGGAUACAUUUUGAUUGUUGAGAAAAUGAUUCUUUUCAUUACUGCUGUAUAUAAAGGGUUAUCAUCAAUAAUAAAAGUCCAAGGACAAUCUAGUUUAUUAACAUACUUAGAGUUGGCCAAAGCUGUCAAAGAUCAAUUUAAAAUCAUCGGAAAUAUUAAAUUUUACGAUGCAAAAGCUAACGUUUUUAUUUGUGAUGAGGACGUAGUUGAGUAUGCAAUCCAGUUUAAAUCUUCUCCAAGCUGGACCUUAGGAGUGCUAGACGAUGGCGUUCUUGAAAUUCCAGGUUCCCAAGGAAGUUCCCUAUCAAUACGUGACAGUGAUACUACUGUAGCAAAUUCAUCUUCUAUAAGUGACAUUAGUGUAACACCAUCGCCACCACCGAAACAUCCUUCAGAAAUAAUACUUCAAGAAUAAGUGACGUGCAAGAAUACGUUAUAACUAAAAUCAAUGCUCAGGUAAAAACAUUGAAAUAACUAACUGAAUUUUUCAUUUUACAAAAUAUAUAGGGGCCCUUCUAUGUAACUCUGUUCUACUUUCGGAUCUGCUAAGAAUCUACUUUCGAUUUAACUUUUUGUCUGACUACAUAAAGUAUCUGAAUCUUGCGAAUAGAUAAUAUUAAAAAAUUUUACAUCACUAAAUUUAUUCAAUUUUCGUUUUCUACGGAAUCACGGAGAUACCAUUUUACAAAUUUGAACACUUAUUGUAGAAUCGAAUUACAUAGUUGGGCCCCCGGACAUAAAUACUUUAAAAAUAUUCUUUUUUAUUAAAAUACAUUCCAGUCCCACUACUUAAAUUCUUUAAAAUUAUACUUUUUAUUAAAAUACAUCCCGCCAUACGUUUUUUAAAGAGUUAAAAUUCUGUUCAGUAAUAAAUUUAAUUCAGUCUGUCUAAUUUUUUAUUAAAAUACAUCCCAAAUACAAGUCAAAAUUUAAAUUUAAUUAUACUUUACAUAUCGUCGGUUGACAACCAAAACUCAUUAUCUGCAAUGUAAUUUGUAUGCAGUUAACGAGUUUUGGUUGUCAACCAACGAUAUAUUCUUUUGCAUUUAUCUUUACCUUUUUGCGCUCUCUUAUUUUUGUGACUAAAACAGUACCUAAUAUCACUUUGACUUAGGUGCAUUUAACAUACAUAUAAUAAAUAUUUAAUGUGUAAAUAUUAAAAUUAAAUGAUAGUUUGUUACUAACUUGUUGAAAUGGUGUAUUGAGCUGUUGCAAGAAUUUUAAAAUUUUAGAAGUCAAAUUAAUUAUACAUAAUUAUCUCAAGCACAACUAAGCCCAAUCAAAUUAAUUAGGGAGCAGAAAGGAAACGACAAAUGCAGAAGUGCAGUCUCAGUAAAAAAAAAACCUUAUAUCCAGGAUAACAUUUCGAUCUAAAAAUUUUUAAAGCCUUUGAAGUUGAUUAAAUUGAUUCAUUAUAAUUUAAGUAGCGGUUUACAUAUCUGAUAAUAGUCGUAUGAACUAAUGUAUUUUAUAUUUUUUUUGUGUAGUAACUAAAGAAAAUUAUUCAGAAUUUAU